AAAAUCACCAUUUUUCUUCCCUUAGGUCAUGCUGCAUUCGUUUUUACAGACAUUCAAAAAGAAAACAUUUAUACUAUAUGGGUUAUUUAUUAACAUGCAUGGUAAUACUUAGUUAAUUUUUAAAACGGUGGUAGUCCAUGAUACUGUAGGAUAAUUUAGGCUGUGUAGUGGAAAUUUGAUUCCCCUAGCCAAAGGAUAGGCAUACAAUUGACUUGAGGAAAGUGAAGAGAAGACUUUUUGUUUGCUUGAUUCUACAUGAGAACUCCAGAGAAACUGAAUAGGCUUUGCUUGGUGUGACAGACAAUGCACCGAGCUAGCAGUCUCAUUCUCAGUUUCUCACAUACCAGACACCGGGCAUUUUAGGGGGGUACUAAGAACUCUGUGCUGAAGGCACCAAAACGUCUGUGAAAUAUUCCUUUGCCUUUUCACAAUCUUUUGCAUGUGAAAAAUACAGAAGAAGCGGAAAGGAUGGCAUUCUAGAAGUUAUGAAAGAAGGGAAAAAUAAAGCUUCCCAGGAUUUGUAAUAGAAGAAGUGAAAGCAUUAAAUGAAGCCAAAUUUCAGUGACUGUAUAAGCCAUGCACCAUUUGUUUGAAUUGGUUUUGGGACACAGAGACUUAUCAAGAGCAGGGGACCUAUUCUCUUUAGAUGAUUUUGAGAUAGAAGACAGUCUGUCUGAAGCUCUGCAACAAAUCAAAAUAAUAUCUUCCUCUGAGGAUUACAAGGUUAAUGACAACGAUCAAGCAGUUGUAGAAAUUUGUAUUACACGGAUUACGACUGCAAUAAGAGAAACAGAAACAAUUGAAAAGCACAGUGAAGCAUUAGUAUCACUUUGGGAAUCCUGCCUGGAACAUAAUCUGAAAUCAGGGCUAAAAGAUGAAGACACUCCUCAUGCUAAAAUUGCUUCUGACAUCAUGAGCUGCAUUUUGCAAAAUUAUAACAGACCAACAGUUAUGUUACUUGCCAUCCCAGUAGCUGUGAAAUUCCUCCAAAGGGGCAACAAGGAACUGUGCAGAAAUAUGUCAAGUUACAUAUCGCUGGCAGCCAUUGCCAAAGCAGACCUCUUGGCAGAUCACACAGAAGCAAUUGUAAACAGCGUUCUCCAAGGUAAUAGCAUGCUGCUGCGUGUUCUUCCAUCACUUUAUGAAUUGCAGCCCCAGCCCAUAAACUGCUGCCUCAAAGAACUGGUAUCACGGAUGUCUCAAUUAGAUGAAGGGGAACAGCAUCACUUGUUAAGGUUGUUACAAACAGUUGCUAAAAGAAAACAACCUAAGGUUCUCACAGAGACAAUCCCAUUUUUAAUGGAUUACUUAUUGGAUCCAAGCUACAGUGAUAUCAUACUUAACUUAUUCAUAGACAUAUCAGACUAUGAACCACAUGCAUUGGCCAAGUCACUUUCCACAUUAAAAGACACUGGUGAACAUUUUCCGGGCCUUAUUGGACAGAUAGCAAAGAUUUAUGGAGCAGUGGGACAUCUGGAUGAGGAAAUGGCCAAGAUAUGCUUGACAUAUUUAGCAAGUCAGCUAACUAAUAUGGAACAUUCAUUCCAUCACAUUCUCUUGAUGGAAAUAAAGAAUAUUGCUGUGACUUUCAAGAGUAUUUUAGAGACUCCAAAUAGAGACAUGUACAGGAUGAGUAACAGCUUUAAUGCCAUAGCCAAACUACUCAAUCAUCACCUGGCAAACCAAUCUACUCCAUCUUGCAGGAAAGAAUGCAAUAUUCAGCCAGAGUCCCCUUUUUAUGUCCAUGACGAGCAUCAAGUCUCUUUUCAAAGUGAAGAGGAGAAGGGAAGUCAAGUUAAAUUAGAAGAUAUCAUUGAUCAAAAGGAACAAAAUGUCACUGAAACAGAUAUAGACUGCAUCCAUAGAGUUCUCCAAAAUACCAAAGAAGACAAAAAAGAGCUGAUGUUUAGUAGGUCGAAAAAUCUGGCUCUGAGUAAGUGCUUGGACAGUAGUCAAGACAUUGAUAAUUCAGAAGUUAUUGGACUAAUAUCCUUUUCACAUAUGUUUUUAAAUCAAGAAGAUGAAAAGUUUAAAUCUGACACCGAAACAAGCAAACCCCCAGUGGAUAAAACCUUAGCUCCCAAUCCAAUUAAUAACUGGACUGGAACGACAAAUGCAACAGAGCCAAAUACCUCAAACCAAAGCAGCAGAAAGUUACUAACAGAGAAUCUAAAUCAACACGAUAUACUGUGCCUGAAAUUAAAGGAAAACCUAGAUGAGCUUAAACAUUACAUUAAGGAAAUGGGGAAGAAAAUUCCAGUCCCUGACCAGUGUGUGCUUGAAGAUACUGUAAAAGGUUGUGUAGCAAAGUUGUUCUUCAGCUGUCCAAUGAAGGGUCAUUACUGCCUAUACAGUAAGUCCAGUUUUACCCUCGUCAGUCGACAGCCACAGCUAUGGAUCCAUAUCCUCUUUCUCUUCCAUCAGAGAUUGUUACAGGAGCCAUUGGCCAUGCACAGUGGUACCAUGCAGGUACUACAGACUCUAUGGGAAAAGACACAACUCAAGGACCCUCAUAGCUUUGAAGCUUUUCUUAUGCAAUCCAUGUUUCCUCACAAAAAGGAUCUGGACCUUGUACAAACCAAUCUGGAAGAAGAAAGGUUUUUUGACCUAUUUGGAUUUAGUGAGGAAGUGGGGUCGUGGCUGUGUUUUAUGUGUAACAACCCAGAAAAGGCAACAGUCGUGAAUCAAGAUGGACAGCCUCUUAUUGAAGGAAAACUUAAAGAGAAGCAGGUUCGGUGGAAGUUUAUCAAACGAUGGAAAACACGUUAUUUCACACUGGCAGGCAAUCAGCUUCUCUUUCGCAAAGGAAAAUCUAAGGAUGACCCUGAUGACUGCCCAAUAGAGCUCAGCAAAGUUCAGAGUGUUAAAGCUGUGGUGAAGAAGCGCAGAGAUCGCAGUCUGCCACGUGCUUUUGAGAUCUUUACAGACAACAAGACCUACGUCUUUAAGGCAAAGGACGAAAAGAAAGCAGAGGAGUGGCUGCAGUGUAUAAAUGUAGCCGUUGCCCAAGCUAAAGAAAGAGAGAGCCGGGAGGCCACUACAUAUUUGUAAUAUACCAUAAUGAUAUUUUGGGGGUUAUUUAUUAAAAUCUGAUUUUUCUAAUAAAGAAAG